GAAGGAGAUCACGCUUAGGUAAUCGCAUUUUUUGCGACGCCGACGGAUCAGGAACUUCAGAUGGCUUGAGGACAGCUUGGACCCACCACACCACCACCACCACCACUCCACCACACCACCUCGACCAUCAACAACAACAUCAACGACAACAACGACGACGAAGAUAGCACACCAAAGCCGAGAGAUGCUGAGCAGCCGAUUAACACGAGCCGGGAGAGGGGCCCUGAACGCGAGCCUCAACCGAGCCUUCUCAUCCGCCCUCACUCGCCAGGCCUCCUCCCUCGUCUUCAUCGAACAUCGCGACGGCAAAAUCAACCCGGCCACCCUCAGCGCUCUCAAUGCCGCCCAACAGAUCGAUGACAAUCAGAUCGUCGGAUUCAUCUCUGGCUCCUCUCAAACCCUGGGCUUCCAAAAAGCCGUCGAACUUGCUGCAAAAUUACCGAUCACGAAAUUGUUGGUCAAAGAGGACGAUAGGUUAGAGAGAUAUGUAGCCGAGCCCUUAGCGCCGGUGAUCACGAGUAUUGUUCAGAGCAGGUCGAUCAGUCAUUUGAUCGGAGGCUCGAGUUCGGUGACGAAGAAUGUGUUUCCGCGAAUCGCCGCGCAAUUGGAUGUCUCGCAGAUCUCGGAGGUGAUGAAGAUCAUCGAUGGGAGGACGUUUGUGCGGCCGAUCUAUGCGGGGAAUGCGAUGAUGACGGUCUCCUCGGAGGCGGCGAUCCAGGUGUUGACGGUGCGGACGGCGAGUUUUGAGCCGAUCAAGAUGGACGAGAAUGCGACGGGUUCGGUGGAGGUUGAGAAGCUGAAGGAGGAGGGGGAGAAGAAGAAGACGACGGGGGGCUCGCAAUGGGAGGAUGAGGUGUUGGCCAAGUCGGCCCGGCCGGAGUUGGGCUCGGCCAAGCGGAUCGUCUCCGGAGGCAGAGGGGUCAAAAACAAGGAGAACUUCGACCAAGUGCUCACGCCCUUGGCCGACAAGCUCAACUCGGCCAUCGGCGCCUCCCGGGCCGCCGUCGAUAGCGGCUUCGCCGAUAACUCCCUCCAGGUCGGCCAGACCGGUAAGGUGGUCUCCCCCGAACUCUACAUCGCCGUCGGCAUCAGUGGGGCUAUCCAACAUCUCGCCGGGAUGAAAGAUAGUAAAACGAUCGUCGCUAUCAAUAAGGACCCCGAGGCGCCCAUCUUUCAGGUCGCUGAUAUCGGCUUGGUGGCUGACUUGUUUGAGGCCGUACCAGAAUUGACUAAGAAAAUUUGACCAUUGAUCGUACUUGUUCUCAUAAAUAAGUUUUAUAUAAUCAAAUCUAUUGGAUAAAAACCAUCACUGAUCAUUA